AUGGUCCUGUUAUUGGCUACUGGGACAUUCAUCUCUGUCUGGGUCACAGAUCAUUCUCUGCUGUCGAAUCAGUGGAGCCAGGAGUGGUGGGAGAAGGUGAGCACCAAUCCAGCCUAUCUGGCCUCUCCCACAGUUCCCUCCAAUACAGCUGGAGGCCACACUGAACCCCACACUAAACCCCACACUAAACCCCACCCUGAAUUCCAAUGGGAGACUCUUGGGCCCUACCAUGUUGCCUACCCACGCAAUUAUGUUUUUGUGCUGGAUGAGCCAGAUGCGUGCAGUACUGAGAAGCCCUUCCUGGUGCUUAUUGUGCCUGUUGCAGUAAAAAACCGUGUUGCCCGGAACACCAUCCGUAGAACCUGGGGUAACGAAAGCCUGGUGCUGGGAAAGGCAGUCAGACUGUUCUUUUUACUGGGACUUCCGAGUGGGAAGGGCUCGGAGCAGCUGCAGGCGGACGUGGAGAAGGAGAGGAAGGAGCACCACGACCUGCUGCAGAGCAACUUCCUGGACAGCUACCGCAACCUGACCAUCAAGACCAUGAUGAUGCUGGAGUGGGUAGCCUCUCGCUGCCGAAACGCCAGUUUCGCCAUGAAGAUCGACUCGGACAUUUUCCUCAAUGUGCACAACCUGGUGAAGAUGCUUCUGGACCCCAAGACGCCCAAGCAGAACUACAUCACGGGACACCUGGCACGAAAUGCCGUGGUGCUGCGAAACAAGAACUCCAAGUGGUAUUUACCUGCAGACGUUUACCCUGACCCCAGAUACCCCCCCUAUGUUUUUGGGAUGGGCUAUGUAUUCUCCACUGACCUUCCCAAAAAACUUGUAGAUGUUUCUAAGCGGAUGAAACCCCUAUUUUUGGAGGAUGUCCACCUGGGAAUAUGCCUCAAACAGCUUGGAAUACAGCCCAAAGAGCCGCCUAGCCCUUCAUUGUUCAAGGUGUACAUGCCAGGCCCCUACAACCGCUGUCACUACGCCUCAAUUAUCACCGCAAUUGUCAGCAAUCCUGCCAAGCUGCUCCGUUACUGGGAAGACUUACACAAGUCAAACACCACCUGUUAA